CAUUCAGGCGCUGCAUGAGUUCAGCAGCGACAGGACGACGGCUGAGGGGGAACAAUGGAGGGAGAUGGAGAGGAAAAGGGUGUAGAGCAGCGAGGAAACAUCUCUUUGUGCUGCUGAGCUUCGCUCUGCAGCUACACGGAAACACAUGCAGCGCUGAGAGGACGGAAACCAGGAGGAAACAGAAGAACAGGGUCACUGGGGUUUUCCACCGAGUAGGAAGAGACGAAGCAAGAGCAGAAGAAGGUGAGACAGAGAGAGAGCAGAACAAAGCCAGAACCUGAAACAGUCUGAAGCUUCAGAGACAGAAGAAGGACGUCGACAUUCAAGGAAACAUGCGCUGCAGCUCUGAGGACAAAUAUCCGAGUGGAAGACGAUGCUGCGACCGCUGCGCUGCAGGAACCUACGUGAAGUCUGACUGCGACGGCUCGAAGCCCACUGAGUGCUCCGAGUGCGGCCGUGGAUACUUCACAGCCACCAGGAACCACAGCACCAAGUGCUACCUGUGCAGGAGCUGCAGCGCCACCAACAACCAGAGGACGGCGAAGGACUGCUCUUCCACCCAGAACACGGUGUGUGACUGCGUGUCCGGGUUCUACUGCAGCAACGCAGAGUGUGAGCACUGUCAGCCGGCGACCCAGUGCCCUCCAGGAGAAGGAGUCCGGGUUCCAGCUACUCGGACCAACAACACCAUCUGCUCUCCGUGUGAGGACGGAACCUUCAGCAACGUGACGGACUUUCAUUCAGCCUGUAAACCUCACACCAGCUGUGAAGACUAUGGAAGAGUCCCCAGGAUUCCUGGAACCUCCAAAACCGACGCCGUCUGUGGAGGCUUCAAAUCUCACUGUCCGUGGAUGCUGCCUGCUGGUCUGUGGUCGGGACUCGUGCUCACAUUGCUGGUGCUGAUUCUUCUGUUGGUGUGGUGGAGAUCAAAGCGUGGAUCCUACAGAGCAGUCACCUCCACAGCUCCUGCUCCUGUAGUUCCUGCUCCAGACGUCACUCUGGGGGAGUUUUCUUCUCACUGCCAGGAGACCUGCACCUCGGACGCCUGUAAGAUCUCCAUCUUUACCCCGCAUGACGAAGAUGAAGCUGCAGGCAGCGUCCAGGACAGCAUCCCCAUCACUCCCAUCACUCCCAUCACUCCCUUCAAGGCCUCCGUCUCCUUCGCUGAGUCCAGUCAGGUGAGCGGCAGCGCUGGUUACUGCACAGGGAACUUCCUCAGGUUGCCUUCUGAGCCGCAGGAGGACGAGUACUGCGGAACAUAAAGCAGCGAACAUCUGGAAACGGGGGACUGUUUGAACUAUUUAUACCAGACUGAGAAAGAUGUUGCUCUGGGUCAGAUGAAGGAUGUUCUGCUGCCACCUGCAGGACUUCAGCUGCAUCUGACCUGAUCAGCUGAGACGGUAUUAAUCUUUAUGAAGGAGCUUGACAAGUGACGGCAGCCAAGUCAGCAGCGACUCGGUCCAGAGAACAGAGAUGAUGUAUUUAUUUUUUGACUGUGAUGAACCUUACAGCUCCACUGUUGUCACAAACCAUUAAAAAGUUCUGUUGCACCUUC